ACAUGGCCGCUUUCAUAACCAUUUCGUCUUUGACAUAUCUGUAGCUGGUUUUGUCAUUUAUAGCCUAAUUUAUUGCUACAUACUUCGCUUGAACCUGCUCGAAUGAAAGUUCUACAAAAUGCCCAAAUAUUACGAGGAUAAAGAGGAAGAUGGUCGCGCCUGCGCUGGAAUUAGGGAGGAUUUUAAAGCCUGUCUCCUCCAGCAUGACUGUGUAGUGAAGGAAGGCAAGUUGCCCAGUGAUUGUCUGAAGGAAGGACAUUGCAAAGGCUUGCAGGUGGCUUUCUUUGAGUGCAAGAGAUCUAUGCUGGACACCCGAUCUCGAUUCAGAGGCAGAAAGGCAUACUGAUUAACAGCCACCAUGUGUCAUGAAUGAAAGCUCUCUUGACUUGUAAAUACCAAGCUUUCUAAGUGAAUUAGUGCUCUACAAUACAGUUGCACUUGCCAGACUCCUGAUGGCCAUUUGGGAACAAGAUGUACUGCAUCAGUGUCAGGCGUCAUUUCAAAUGAUUGUAAUUUCAAUUCUGAAUAUCUUCCAAUCACUGGAUCCAAAAAAAGAGAAUCUGUCUUAUUUAUCAAAAACUUUUAAGAUGUACUUUACUAAUGUAAGACUACUCUUAAAGAGAUUGAUUGAUAAAGCACUUCAUUAAAGAUGCCUGGACUGUGUAUAAAGAUGUUUAUAAAAGUAUAGUAAUAUAAUUUUAAGAUAGACAUGAUGCUAAUGUCGGUGUACAUUGAUUUCAAAGGUUUCAUCAUGAGCACUUUAAACCUCCAAGUCCACCUUCUUUAAGAUGUGAACUUUCUGCAUAAUCUCGAGGUGAUCUACAACCAUUAUUCCUCAUCAACAAUUGCAUGUGAGCUCUGUGGUCAGUUUCAUUACAGAUGAGUCAUUUAUGGCUGCUGCCCUGCCACCAGCUCCUUCUCAAUCCUUUCACUGUAGGAGGACUCCAUACUGUACUUAAAGAUCCACUUCAUAAACCAAGCCUCAUCUGUGUUCUGGGCCAACCAGUCAUCGAAAAACUCCUAAAACAGAACAGUACAAAUACACAUAAUAUUAUGUAUCUUAUGCCCUCAUUCAUCAAUACUAAAUUUGAACAAGCAUACCUGAACCACCAACAGUUGUAUUUACAUGACUUCCAUGGCUGCUGCACUCAGUGUUGUUUGCCUGCAAACUUGUUCAAAUCUGGCAACCCAGCGACGUCAAAUUAAUAUUGGGCAGUGGGUGGAUCACAGGCCAAAACAUAAACAGAUAUUCCAACCGGAGUGGAAACUUCAAAGUAGAAUAUACUGGCUGUAUUGUUAUAGGAGAAGCCAGUAUUUUAAC